AUGACAGAUGUCGAGACGCGGUACAACAAAGCAGAGAAGAUCAUACUAGCAUUGGUUUAUACAAAGAGAAAGUUUCGGCAUUACUUCGAAUCCAUAACAUCAUGGAACUCACCAACUACCCUAUACAAGCUAUACUCUCUAAGCCAGAUUUAUUUGGAAGAAUUACCAAAAUAUGAGGAUAAGCCCGAAGAGACAGAGCUUCCUGAACCACAUUGGGAGCUCCGGGUGGAUGGCUCCUCUAAUCAAGCUAGUGCAGGAGUUGGAAUCAUUAUUUCAACACCUGAAGGCACCAAGCUGCAACAGUCAAUCUGCUUAAAUUUCCCUGCUACUAACAACGAAGCUGAAUAUGAGGCUUUACUCGCUGGGCUUCGGUUGGCUAACCAACUUCAGGUGACAGGCAAAUAUCAGCCCAAAGAAAAAAGAAUGAAAGCACACAAAGAAGCUGUAGAGAGUGCUACACGAGGAUUCGAUCAAAUCGAAUUUUACCAAGUACCUCGUGAUGAGAAUGCUGAAAUAGACCAAUUAGCCGCAUCUUCUUCAGACGAAGACUUGAUUCGGAUUGUACCAAUCGACAUCCUGGACAAACCUAGCAUAAGCCCUCAGCAGGAGAAAGCCGAGGCAAGGAAGCUCAAACUCACUGCAGCUAAAUAUUCAAUCAUCAAUAACCAAUUAUAUCGGAAGUCAUUUUCAGGUCCUUACCUGAAAUGUUUAAGCCCCACUAAGGCUCUCGUGAUAUUGAAGCAAAUCCAUGACGGGGAUUGUGGCAACCACUCUAGUGGCAGAUCCCUCGCACAUAAGGUUCUAACUCAAGGCUACUUCUGGCCAUACUUGGCUUGGAAUGCUGAAGAGUAUGCCAGGAGAUGUGAUAAAUGCCAACGUUAUGGUCCAAUGAAACAUCAGUCUGCUGAAGACUUACACGCAAUGGCAAAUCCAUGGCCAUUCGCACAAUGGAGAAUUGAUAUGGUAGGCCCUUUACCUAAAACUGUGGAACAAAAGGAAUACGCGUUACUAGCCACAUAUUACUUCACAAAAUGGGUGAAGGCUGAGGCUUGUUCAAGUGUGACCCAUGAAUAA